UCUCCACCAGUAGAACGACGCUCGAUGUCGAGUGAAAAUCGCGUCUCCUCGAUGGAGCAUCCUAUUGUCUCCGGCCUGCAGACGUACACGAGAACCAACGAGGAACACGUGGCUCGAAACGACGAAGCUGUCGACCUUCCCGCACAAGUGAAUGUAUUUGCCUUCUUCUUGCUGGUUCUGCUCAAGAGUUGGCAUCAUCAUAUAUGAAUGAGGCCGUAUCGAAACACUCACAGAUGCCUCCAAUGUUGGUAACUCAGGCUGGAAACUACGAAGGAGGAGUCAUCAUCACUGCACCGCUCGGGACUCAUAGUUUGGUUAUGCAAGGUUACCAGUCAUCCCCUGAUCGAGCGACUAGCAUCUCGAAAAAUUCGACUCGUGUUAUUGAGGCUUUUGUUGCUAAUCAUCCGAUUCAGGAACACUGUUCUGUUGAACGUUUGAGUGGAACUGUGGGCCUGACGACUGUGAUGUCGGAAAGUCCUUAUAUAUCUUAUGAGGGAGAAGACGAGGUCGCCGUUUCUCAGUCGGUUCACAGUUCUCUUAUAUCGACGUUGCCGGAUAAACUUCAACAACAGCAGUGUUCAGAACAGGGAGUCGAAUGUAUGGGACCUACGGGUGGACUGACCGAUCAGUCAAGACAGAAAUCGAUGCCUGAGUUGAUGACUGAUUCACAACUGGACGGGUCAGGCGACGUCGAGACACCAACAGGUUUAGCAAUAGGAAGUCCAGUUGAUCCUUCAGCUGCAACCCAACAGGAUGAAUACCUACAGAUGGGGAAGAGAAAACAGAGACGGAAUUGGACGACGCUCAGCGUACAACAAGUGGAAGAAAUGGAAAGUAUAUUGCAGAAGAUUCACUAUCCUGACGUUUUUACACGCGAAGAGUUAAGGAAUAAAAUCGAACUCACUGAACCCAGAGUGCAGGUCCGGUCUCAAAAGCGUCGUGCCAAAUGGCGAAAACGAGAAAAGCAACCUUCCUCAAUGCCUGUGUGUCCUUCUCCCCAUGUGGCAAAUAUCGCCGUACCGGCACAUUCGUCACCGAUGAUUGCACUGCGUCCCAUGCCGCAUCGGAUUGGUUCAAUGGGCGGAAACUUUCGUAUGGCACCGGCGGUAGCUCCGAUUCGGACCAACGACGGGACGUGUCAGCCUUGCCCGCCUCAGCCUGGAAGAGCACUGCAACAUCUGUUUUGAUGUCCGAACGGCCAGAUAAUGAUGCAAGGUAUUACAUGUUGUAUGUUUAGUACGAGUUUUUGGAUGCAUGGAGUGUCGGG